GCUUUUUCCAAACAUAAAGAGGAAGACCGUAAAAAUAAUAGCUGUACAGUACUGUAUUUAUGCCGUGCCGCAGUUGAUAGUUACAUUUAUACAGUUUGUUAUAUUUGCUUAAAUUUAAUUUGUUUCGAGUUUUAAAGCGCAUGUUUUAAUUGUGUCAUGAGUAUGCAGCCAUCAGUUUUAAGCUAACCGAUCUUAAGCUAACCUUUCCGCUUGCUAGCUGGAUAAACUUAGCCCAACUGCUUGUAGAGGCUGAAGCCUGCUGGAGGCUCGAGGGACGAUGGCAGACCCUGCACGGAUAAAGUCCGAGGAGUCACCGGUGAAACCAGCCUCUGAUGUAAAUGAGGAGCAUCAUGUCAAGACAGAACAGCCCGAAAACGUAACUGACCCAGAAAAACCUGCAGAAGAAAGCAAAGAGUCGAGCACGCAAGAUCAGCCCAAAGCAGCUCCUGAAACAGCCGAAGGAGACGAUGAGGAGGAGGGCACCUCCGGUCAGCCUUCCUCUAAAAGACUGAAGGUGGAGCCGGAGAAGAAGAAGGAGAAGCGCCACAAGGUUGAUGAGGACGAGAUACAAAAGAUGCAGGUUUUGGUGUCGUCCUUCUCAGAAGAGCAGCUGAAUCGUUAUGAGAUGUACAGACGCUCUGCCUUUCCAAAGGCUGCCAUUAAAAGGCUGAUCCAGUCCAUAACAGGUUCAUCAGUGUCCCAAAAUGUGGUUAUUGCGAUGUCUGGUAUCGCCAAGGUUUUUGUUGGGGAAAUAGUUGAGGAAGCUCUGGACGUUUGUGAGAAGUGGGGAGACACACCACCGCUACAGCCCAAACACAUGAGGGAGGCAGUGAGGAGGCUGAAGACCAGAGAUCGGAUCCCAAACUCAAAAUAUAAACAAAUCGUGUUCCACUGAGGACGAAGUGAUCCACGUGGAAACUCACAUGAAGCAGCUCUUCUGUGCUCCCACCAUCUUACUUUACUUUUACCCGGCGGAUUUUAAAUCUCCAAGAGCAGUCGAGGAAACUGUGACUUAAAGGCAGCAGGUGAAAUGUUAAAUAAUGUAAAUACAAAGUGUUUAAAUCUGGUCUCAUUUACCCCAAGUGUUGUUUUCUACAGUAAUGUAACGUGGUUAUCAGAUUUGUUUUUACUAAACUGGUUCUUUAAAAUUAAACUGGACUCUGAGGCUGGUUCAAGUUAAAAUACUGCAAUAAAAAGACAAAGCCAGGAUGUGUUGAGCAUUUUAUUUUCUAACUUAACAAGCUUUGGUUCACAGAACCAGUUUACAUUAGUGCUAAUGAAGUGAUAACGCUACAAAAUGUAAUGUUCCACAACUGACAAAAAAAAUAAAAAUACUGUCCAACUA